AUGUGCAUUCUAUUUGAUGAUGCUAGGAUCAUCCUUUCUUUCCUUUCACGCCCGUUCAAUGACGCUCACCGCGUUUUCUUCCUGCUUGCGAAGUGCCCAGAUUUCCGAAGCAUAGGUCAAAGCAGGAAGUACGGUGGUGUUGAAGAAGUGAGCACGGAGCCGGGUGUUUCUGGUCUUCUUCACUACAUCCUCGAUGCUCUUGUACGCUCUCCAUGCCGCUCGUCUCCUCCUGCCCAGCUCGGGGGUCAGGUCGUUCAUCACGUUCAGUUCCCGACCCAGAUAAACGUAGCUGGUGCAUUCGGAUAUGUUCGUUCCGUUGAGCGUGAAUGGGGCAUCCGAGACCCAUCCGUUGCGUCGUCUUUUGGAGAUUCAGCUGAAGAGCGAUGUAUCCACAUGUUUCGUCGAAGUCGGUCAGCAUUCGUUCCGCUUGGCUGA